GUUUGGACACAGUGCUGCCGUAUGAUAUCCCCAUAAGAGAAGCCAGCCUGGUGACCUUUAUUCAGUCGCAGUGAGGUUAAUUCGCGUGGGGGGUGCCGUGUGUGCAGGGCAAGGUGCAGGGGCCCAGCACGCUUACUGUAUCUAGCCGCAAGGCCCUCCCGAGCUCCAUCCGCAGGCUUUAAAUGGCCAGCCUGGUGUAGCGGGUAACAAAGAGGUGACGUCACGACCCGCAUCCGCUGCCACAGGGGGCCAAUCCUGUGCAUCUCGGGUCGCGUCUAGUGGUGGCGGUUGGUUGCCCCGGUGGCCUGGUGACUGAGGAUUGGCUAACUGUGCGUGUCUAUCAUGGAGGGGAGGGAGGGCCCUACUUCCGGCUGCUGGCAUAGGGGGAGGCUCAGGCUGCUGCUAGCUGAGUUUGCAAAGAGGAUAAGAAAGAACCUGGAUGCUGAGCUGAGCCCCCAUGCAGCAGCCGUCAGCACCACGACGGGGCUUAGAGAUCGAACAGCCGGGGAGGACGGGCAGGGCCGGGCCGCCGCACAUAAUAUGCGGGCGCCCGCAUCCCGUUGACCGGCAGCUGCAGCUCCGUUUCUGGUGAUCGGUGGUGCAUCCAUUAAUCGUGUUCUCACCAUAGGAAUUGUUUGUGCAAGGAGGACUGGGAUCCCCAUGCGGUGUUAGUGCCGGUUUGCCAUGCUGGCCUGUCUACCAGGACCAGGUGACCUCUCUUUCCAGCUUCUCUCUCACUCGCAGAUGAACACUGGACUUCAGAAAUGGGAUACUACACAGAAGAUGAGAUCUGCCCAGCAUCCUACUCCAGCAGAAUUGGAUGCUUAUGCUAAGAAAGUUGCCAACAAUCCCUUGACAAUAAAAAUUUUCCCAAACAGCGUUAAGGUCCCCCAGCGGAAGCAUAUUCGCCGCACCGUGAACGGAUUAGAUACGUCUGGUCAGAGGUACAGUCCGUACCCUUUGCAAGUCAGCACAAAGACAGGACUUCUGGCCAUUGUUAAGUCUCCAGCCAAAGGUGUCUUGAAGGACUUUGACGGCACACGCUCUCGCCUUUUGCCAGAGUCUAUUAUGAAUCCCCCCUCAGCUCCAUACGUUGCACCUAGCACUUUAAACCACCCUCAGGGGCUAUCUCGCCCCCAGCAAGUGCUGCAGCACGCUCAGGCCAUGCAGCACGCUCAGAGUAUGCAGCAGCAGCAGACUUUGGCACACAGUCAGAGCAUGCAGCCUGGUCUGCAACACCCGCAAGGUCUGCAGCACCCUCAGACAUUGCAGCACCCUCAGGGCAUGCCACAGGGGUUGCAGCACUCUCAGGGUCUGCAAAACACGCAGAGUAUCCCCCAACCACAGACCUUGCAGCACCCACAAGGUGUUCAGCACACACAGGGUGCACAGCAUACCCAGAGCAUACCGCAGCCGCAGGCACUGCAUCAUGCCCAGGGCCUUCCACAGACAAUGCAGCGCCAGCAGAGCAUGUCACAGACUCUGCAGCACCAACAGAGCCUUCCGCAGGCCAUGCCGCACUCUCAGAAUAUGUCUCAAGCGCUGCAGCACACACAGGGAUUGCAGCACCCUCAAAACAUGGGGCAGCAACAGCAUUCCCAAAGCAUGCCCCAGCAGCCGACUUUACAACAUGCUCCUGGUGUGGCACAUCAGGCUGUACCGCACCCUGCCAAUAACCUCUUGCAGUCAGGUUUACACGGAGCUAGAAAGAUGCCAGAUGCAGACGCCCCUCCGAAUGUGACAGUGUCUACCUCAACCAUCCCCCUCUCUAUGGCUGCCACUCUGCAGCAGAACAGACCACCAGACCUGGGAAGCAUUGUUCACCAGAUAAACCAGUUCUGUCAGGCCAGGGCUGGCAUAGGCACUACCUCAGUAUGUGAGGGACAGAUAGCCAACCCCAGCCCGAUUAGUCGCAACCUGCUUAUCAAUGCAAGCACCAGGGUCUCCACUCACAGCAUACCUAUGCCUUCCUGUAUUGGAACAUCUGUAGACCAUGCUGCUAUUUCCUCUGCUGCCACCGGUAAUGUCCCUAUGGUAAACAUGAGCAGAGUGCCUACUUCAUACCCUGCUGAAAUGAAGCCAAUGGCAUGGAACCAGCACCAGUUGGCUCAUCUACAGCAGAUGUGUGGAGAAACUGGUGUUGGCAAACUCACUCAGAGGGAGAUGGCUGCCCAAGGAUUUUCAGCUAAGCAGGCAUCCUAUCCACAGGAACUGUGUAUGAGCCAGCCUUUUGGCUUAAAGCCCCCUAUUGAUAAGCCCACUCCUUCCCCUCCUGUGAACGGAUUACCGGGUCCUUUGCCAUACACAAAUGGGCACUAUUUUCAGCCCCUAUGGAAUAACAUUCUGCCUACUCCAAACAGCGACAGCUCUGGAUCCCAAGACCUUGCUAUGCCUUUUCAUGGGGCACAGGCAGCUGGUGCACCCUUGGAUUGUGCAGGGGGGACUCACUAUAGAGCUAUGGGGGGUGGAUCUUCUAACCAGAGCAACAUGAUGCAGACGAUGGAUUACCUGAGCGGAGGAGAAUUUCAGCAAUCCUGCUUCAGAGAUCAGGGCUUGGCCCCUCUAGCGAAAAUUCACAGACCCCAAAUGAGCAGAGCCCCUGAAUCAGCAGAUAGUCGAAGUAUUCAUGUUCAGCAUCCAGGGUAUAGAUAGGCUACAGUCACUUUUUGCAGAAAAGAGGGUUUAGUCUUAAAUGGUUAGCAAGGAUCUUGUGUCCUCCUCAAUUGGCUAACUUGUUGUGAUCAUUGUAUGCAAAUCUAGCGACACAGUGCUAUAUUUCAGAGUAGUUUAUGCAAGUCCCUUUAUAAUUUAAUUUAUUUUAUCCUGUUAAACCUUAUCAGUGUCUCUAAUAGGUUGCAAUCCAAUUGAUUACUGGUCUGCCUGCA